AUGAUUUACCUUGCCAAUGGCUUCUUGGGUGUGUACUGGACUCUGGAGUACGGCAACAUCAGAACAAGGUUCAAGGGCUUCUUUGAACGCAAAAGAGGAUUGGGUGGCGAUACUGGCGGCGCCAGUGGACAUCUUAUCAAGGAGGGUGGCCCUGGGAUCACGCAGACUCCUGUUCACCAUCACAAUGGCGUUAUGAGGGCUGGAGUGAACAAUGCCGCCCCUGCAACUCCGGUCAACACAUUGCCAGCUGAUACCGUAGACCCGGCUGCAAGAGUGUAG